AUGGACUUCCGCUUCAGCUCCGACGAUGAUGCCUUCCGGCAAGAGGUAGGCGACUUCGUCGAAAGCGAACUGCCGUGGGACUGGCGCGAGCGCGCCGUUGAUGCCGAGGAGCCGGGGGAUUCUGGGCUGGUGCGUGAGUUCAAGAGGAAACUCGCCGGCAACGGCUGGCUGACUAUGGCCUGGCCCGAAGAAUACGGCGGACAGGCCGCGCCUCACAUCCGACAGAUGAUCUUCAACGAAGAGAUGGCGUACAGGGGUGUCCCCGCAGGUGAUUCCGGUGUGCGCAUGGUCGGCCCCAUCCUGAUGCUCUACGGCACGGAGGAACAGAAGCAAUACUUCCUGCCGCGCAUCGCGCAGGCCGAUAUCGACUGGUCGCAGGGCUACUCCGAACCAGACUCAGGAUCAGACCUCGCAUCGCUGCAGACACGCGCAGUCGAGGAUGGCGACGACUUCGUAAUUAAUGGCUCCAAGAUAUGGAACGGCGCGCACUCAGGCUCGGACUGGAUGUUCAUGCUUGCGCGAACCGACCCCGAUGCGCCCAAGCAUCGCGGCAUCAGCUUCCUCCUGACCGAGAUGCAGCAGCCGGGCGUCACUGUCGAGAAGAUACCGAUGAUGUGGGACGCUCAUCGCGCACUCGUAACCUUCGAGGAUGUGCGAGUGCCGAAGAAGAACCUCGUCGGCGAACUCAAUCGUGGCUGGUAUGUCGGCGCAGCGUUGCUGGACUUCGAGCGCUCCGGCGUUGACCGCCCCGCAAGGGCGAAGCGUCUGCUGGAGGAUAUCGUCGGCUUCUGCAAGAGAAUGAGCGAAACGGCAAGCCAUUGGCAGAGGAUAUUACUGUCCGGCAGAGAUUGGCGGAGAUGGCAGUGCAAAUCGAGUCCUGCCGCCUUAUGUGCUACGCCGUCGCAUGGAUGCAAAGCCAGGAUAUGA